UCUUAUUAUAUCUCGUAUAAGAUUUGGCUGCUUAGGAAUGGUGUGACUAUCUAUUUUAAUUGCUUAACUAAACUUUGCAAUUUGAAUUUUAAUGGAGCAUGGACAAUGGGCAUAUAUUUUAAUUGUUGGGGGACAAAAGAAUAUUUCCUGUGGCUUCCCCCCUCACCAAUCCUUGUAUCCCUUAUUGAGUUGUGCGCGUGCGCAGAGUUGUUGUCAUCCGCCAUUUUCUUCGAAAGAAGAGGUUAGAAGAGAUUCUACUGUAUACGAUACUAAAACUGCAAAUAAAUGUGACAUAUUCUGAACAAACAUUCUUCAUUUAAUUCGCAUAUUGUAUAUGGGGUAAUUCAGUUCAAGGAUUGAAAUAAAUUCCUCUUGGAUGGUUUGUUCUUGUUUAGAGAUAGCUGAAUCACUUUGGCAGCUUGUCGAAAUGCAGUGUUAAAACGUUGUGGUUUCGUGAAUCAUGUUAGAAUCACUUGAUAUGUCUUUGGGAGAAAGUAUAAAAUUAUAUUCAAGAUAUCGUACUCCAUAUUUCUCAACGUAUGUGAAACAAGAAAAAGUAUCUAUUCAACUGGGAAGCAACUUUUUUUAAUUAUCUUCUCUUGAAAAGCCAUCAUUGCAGAUGGCACAUCAGUCAGGUAUGGGACGUGGUGUCACCUCGCCAGGUGCAACCAUCUAUAGUCUGGGUGAUCAACACAUUCAACCACACAUGCAGUCACCUCUUCCUCCAACCAGCCCAAUCUUCACAGGUCCAGUUUCAAUGGCUGGACCAGUCACUCCUUCUUGUACAACACCACCAUUGGGCUCUACUAACAUCCCUCGUUUUCCUUUGCCAUCUUCUUCUCAUUCCAUUUAUCCCACAGAUCAACACCUUGUGUCUCCUGUGAGAAAUGUGAUGGACCCUGGUAUGCCAUUACACUACCAAUAUCCACCAUAUUACAGCAGACGACCCAGAUAUUCUGAUGAGUCCCCAUUGUCCUCAUCACCUGGAAGUACACAUCAUGUCCCUGGCUACCCUACAGGUGUACAAACAUCAUCAAACAUUUCAUCUUUUCCAAAUAAAAAUAUCCCAAAACGAACAGCACCUGUCAAAAGUGGCAUAAGAAGAAAUCCAGGCCUUCAAAUUGACUUCUCUCCUCAAAAGCAAGGGGAAAAGUGUCAUGAGGAGGGUUAUCCUCCCCUCAACACCCAAUAUGGACAAAAAAUGCUAAGGUCCCCAGGUUAUACCAAUAUAUCUCCUUCCAUCCCUGCAAAUGUAAGUGAAGAAAUAAAGCAAUUACGAGUAAAAGUUGUUGAAUACUUUUAUCAAAAUAUUGAGUUAAUUCGAAAGAGAUACCAAGACAAUUUGAAGGAGCUGUUUUUCUUGCAACAUGGAGGAAACCUGAUAGAUUUUCCUGUAUGGUGUCGAAGGCCAAAUCCACAUUGGUUUAAUUAUCAAGAAACACAUAAACUUGAAGAUGAUAUUGACUUCUAUGUUACUUCAAACCCAAUGGAAAACAUGCAAGUUCAAAACAUAGGGCAAGAUUACGUAGCAACCCAACAAAAUUUCUACCAGAGUAGUUUUGGAAACAUGCAGCCAGAAAAGCUGCAUGGAAAUGCUGGGGCUGUUAUCAUGGGUACUUCACAACAAUCUGGUAGCCUUCGUCUGCCAUACAUCCACCCUAGAAAUUCUAUUGAGGGCCAUAUUGAUCUUGCUAGCUCAAAGAUCUAUAUGUCAAAGGAUUCAACUUUUGGUACACUGUUACCAACACAACAUGCUAAGCAUGGUUUAAAUUGUGAGCCAGAAAAUUUAGCUGCUGCCCGAGCUUUUGCUAUCAAUCAGUCAAAGGAAGAUAUUAUGGUUGAAGCUAAACGUGAAGCAGAUAUCCUUAAAAGGGUUGCAGAAUUAAGAAAGGAAGGUCUUUGGUCAACCAAGAGGUUGCCAAAGGUGCAAGAAUCAAGUCGAAAUAAGACACAUUGGGAUUAUGUCUUAGAAGAAAUGGCCUGGUUAUCUACAGAUUUUGCUCAAGAGAGACGGUGGAAGAAAAAUGUUGCUAAGAAGCUUAGCAAGGCUGUCCUCAGAUAUUAUCAAGAAAUCAAGACGAAAGAGAUAAAAGCUGAAAAAGAAACCACUGUGAAACUUCAGAAGAUAGCCAGCAGUAUAGGAAAGGAAGUUAGACAGUUUUGGUUAAAUAUUGAGAAGGUUGUCCAAUACAAACUUCAAAGUAGAAUUGAAGAGAAGCGAAAGAAGGCACUUGAUGUCCAUUUAAACUUCAUUGUUGGUCAAACUGAGAAAUAUUCCUCCUGGCUUGCUGAGAGUUUGAAAGAUACUAAACCAUCCAGUAGUGUUGCUAGUUCAGUAACAUCAUCAACUGCUGAUUCAUCACCAGUCUCCUCACGACAAGAUGAUGAUACAGAUGAUGAGAGUGAAAUUAGUCUUCAUGAAGAAAGUGAGGACGAUGAAGGGACUAUAGAUGUUGAAGAAUCUUAUGACAACAAGGAGCUUAUGAGUGCAGAAGACGAAAUUUCCGCAUUGCAACGUGAAAGUGAGAUUCCAAUAGAUGAUCUUUUAGAAAGUUUACCGUUGGAGAUGUUUACAGAACAUUCAGCACAAAGUAAUGUGAUAAAAGAUGAUGAUGAUGGUGAUGUUGUAGAUGAAACAAAAAUCUGUGCUAUUCCCGAGAAAUUGCCAUCUACGUCGACUGACGGAAAGGAAGAGGAAGAGAUGUGUAUAGACCAUGAAACAAACGAUGGUGAUCAUGAAUUUGUCCUGAGGGAUACCAUGGUUGAUGUGGAUGAUGAGGGAACAUUGGAGGAAGAGGAAAAACUUGAGGAAAAGGAGGAUCACACUGCUGAGAUAUCAUUAUUGGAACAAGAAGGUGAAUUAUCAAUUGAGGAACUUCUACAAAAGUACAAUGUUGACGAUGAGUAUGAUGCUGAUGAAGUGUUAAGAAGUGACGAUGAUGAGGAGAGUAUUGAUGAAGAGUCCAGUGAAGAAGAAGACGGUACAGAAGCUCUUCUCGUGAGUCACUCAACUCAAGAGGCGACUCCGAAACCAACUACUGUUUCUGAUAGUCCAAAUCAAGAACUGAAUGAUGCAGCAGCAACUGCUGAAAGUUUACAGCCAACUGGUUACACGUUGGAGACAACAAAGGUGAAAACACCUAUACCAUUCUUGCUUCGUGGUGGUACCUUACGAGAGUACCAACAUAUUGGUCUUGAUUGGUUAGUCACCAUGUAUGAGAAAUGUCUUAAUGGUAUUCUUGCUGAUGAGAUGGGUCUUGGAAAGACGAUCAUGACAAUCGCUGUUCUCGCUCACCUGGCAUGUGAACGUGGGAGUUGGGGCCCACAUCUUAUUGUUGUACCCACAAGUGUUAUGUUGAACUGGGAAAUGGAGUUCAAGAAAUGGUGUCCUGGUUUCAAAAUUCUCACUUACUACGGUAACCAGAAGGAACGAAAAAUGAAGAGGACGGGUUGGACAAAACCAAAUGCAUUUCAUGUUUGUAUUACAUCGUACAAACUUGUCGUACAAGAUCAUCAGUCAUUUCGACGCAAGAAAUGGAAUUACCUUAUCUUGGACGAAGCGCAAAAUAUCAAAAAUUUCAAAUCACAACGCUGGCAAUAUUUGCUCAAUUUUAAUACGGAACGUCGACUUUUACUCACUGGCACCCCACUUCAGAAUAAUCUCAUGGAGCUUUGGUCCCUUAUGCAUUUUCUUAUGCCUCAUCUGUUCGAGUCUCAUAAAGAUUUCAAAGAUUGGUUCUCAAACCCUUUAUCGGGUAUGAUAGAAGGAAGCAGCGAAUAUAACGAAAAUCUUAUCAAACGACUCCAUAAAGUAUUAAGGCCUUUUCUCCUUCGUCGUUUGAAGUCAGAAGUCGAGAAACAAAUGCCUCAAAAAUACGAGCACGUGAUUAGAUGCAGACUUUCAAAACGUCAACGCGUGCUUUACGAUGACUUCAUGUCUCGAACAAGGACAAAAGAAACGCUGGAAAGUGGCCAUCUACUUAGCGUCAUUAAUAUAUUGAUGCAAUUAAGAAAGGUCUGUAACCAUCCUGAUUUAUUCGAACCUCGUCCCACGAUAACUUCUCUCAAAAUGACUGGUAUCGUUUACACUACGGCUUCUCUAGUUCUCACAGUUAUGGAACAUGAUCCAUUACAAUCUAUCAACUUGUUUACAAUGAACUUGCUGCUUACGCAACUCGAGUUUAGUUUAAGCGCAUUCGCGAGUCACCGUGUCCGCCUGCUGCAAACACCGUCUGCUCUUAUAACGGAAAUUGAUAAUUACACACCGUCUCAAACGCCAAUCUUACUCCCAGUGAAAACAAAAUUCUCACAACCUCCAAACGGCGAGCAUUUUAAAGAUGUUAAAUCAAAUUCAUAUGAACAAUCUGUGUGGAGUGAGAUGAACAUGUAUCCUGAUGCACUCUACCCUGGAUAUGGGGGCAAAACGUAUACCCUACCCUCUGAACAAGAUUACUACAAUGCUCUUGAAGCGGCGAACAACAUCACUGGAUCAUAUUCCAUGAUUGGCGACAGACAUGAAGAUACUCCUCGAAGUGAUAUUAAGUGUGAAGGUAGUUUGCCAUAUGGUAGUGACGAAAUGAAGAUCUCCAAAAUUUUGCAUACCAAUGAGAGUCGAGUCGUUAAUGGUCAUGUUGGGACACUAGAGUCUGCUGCUGUUAUAUUAGACCAGAAGUCUGCUUUGACAGAGAAGGCAUCACAGAUAGAGUCUAGUGAAGAUGUUAAUUUUUGUCGUUUAUCACCGUUUGUAAUGCCUCGUUUAGAAGAGAAGCGUUUCGUUGCUCGGCAACAGAAGCUUCGUUUCUCAACAUUGAACACCAGAAGAUGUGCAGCCCAACCAAUCUACGGUAAAGAUCUCGUGGAAUCCGUUACUAUUCUUCGAAGUCCACUAGAAUUAACUUGGUAUAGAACGUCCAUUCAUAAACCAGCUAUUUGUGAAACGCUACAAACCUGUACUAAGUCAUCACAGGAACGCGUUGACGAGAUGCAAGAAAUUAUCAAGAGGUUUGUGUUCGCUGUUCCAGCCGUACGAACCCAACCCAUUCAAAUGCAUGCAUGUCAUCCUCCACCGUCACACGUCACUAUGCAGCAAAAUCUCGAAGAAGGAUUGAUACAUGAAGUAUCGCACAAGCUAAACAUACUUCAUCCAAUUGUUAGAGGGCAGCUCUUACAGUUUCCUGAAGUUCGUCUCAUACAAUACGACUGCGGAAAGCUUCAAACUUUAGAUGUUUUAUUACGAAGAUUGAGAGCAGAAAAGCACAGAGCUCUCAUCUUUACUCAAAUGACCAAAAUGUUGAAUGUUUUGGAACGUUUUCUUAACUAUCACGGCUAUCUUUAUCUUCGUCUUGAUGGAACAACACGCGUAGAGCAAAGACAGGUACUUAUGGAGCGUUUCAACAACGAUCGAAAAAUCUUUUGUUUCAUCCUUUCCACUCGAAGUGGUGGCGUGGGAGUUAACCUAACGGGGGCAGACACAGUUAUAUUCUACGACAGUGACUGGAAUCCGACCAUGGAUGCUCAAGCACAAGACCGCUGUCACAGGAUUGGUCAAACGCGUGACGUGCAUAUUUAUAGAUUGAUAAGUGAAAAGACAAUAGAGGAAAAUAUACUUAAGAAAGCUCAUCAGAAACGUUUGCUAGGGGAGAUCGCUAUCGAGGGCGGUAACUUUAACACAACUGUCUUGAGGGAAACUACCGUACGAGAUCUGUUUUCUAUCAACGAAAAUGAUACAGAUUUGCAAGAGAUGGGAACAGCUAAAGAGAAUAGUUUGACACAACAAACUUCAAACGAUCAAGUUUCAAAGAAGAAUCCGAAAUCACAGAAUGCAUUUGAGGAGGCGUUAAUGAAGGCUGAAGAUGAGCAAGAUGUACGAGCAGCUUCAUUAGUGAAAGCAGAACAGGAUGCUGAACUUGCUGAAUUCAAUGAAAAUAUCCCUCUUGACGAUGAUACAGCCUUGGGGCAAUGUCUUUCAAAGGUUGAAGAAGAGCUACGUGAACUAGAGAGUCAGCUGUCUGGUGUUGAACGCUAUGCUGUAAAGUUCGUCGAAGCCACUCAGAUCUUUGCAACUAACGAAGAGCUUGAAGUUGACGAGAAAAAACUUGAGUUGUCUAAGAAAGACUGGGAACUACGUCAUAUCCAGUCCCUAAAGGAGGAGGAAGAGAAGCAUUCUAAUACUGGGAACUGUGGCGAACAGCUCGAGGUCACAUAUACAACUGAGGAAUCUAAGCAGGUUAAAAAAUCUAAGAAUAAAUCUAACAAAAGUGAAAAAACUUAUACCGGAAAGAAACCUUCGGCAAAUUCUAGCACGAUCUUCUCAAAACCUACCACUUUAAAAGGGCAGGCCAAACUGCCAUCGGCAUCAACGUCUUCCGAUCUCGCUGAGAUGAAUGUCGAGGGAGGUCCUGCCAGUUCAUUUCGAUCUGUUCGAAGUACUAGCAAGCGUAGUACUCGUCAAAAUGCCCGCCUGUCUCGAUGGAUAGAGUUUGUCGAUGAAGUUACUGGUGAAGAAAUGCCUUUAUGGCGACCGCUUACCCCUCCAAGUGAAGGCAAAGACGAUAUUUAUGUUGAUCACUCGCAAAAUUACAUGUACGAGUCGAAACCUCUUCCUGAAGUACUAUUGCCUAGAAUAACACGUACAAGACGUUAUCUUGGGGACUAUAAGAAACACGGUCGACGAAGUGCUUUCGCAUUUAAACAUCCUUAUAAGGAGGCAGUAAGACGGGGUCUUCGUAAACCUCAUUCAAUAUUCGAUCGUCGUGCACUGGAAGCGUUCUUUAAAAUCGUCGCAAUGUUAAGUAAUGCAAAGAAGGCGAAGAUGAAAAUGACUAAACAACCUUCCCAAACUUCACAACAAGCGCAACAACAAGCGCAACAACAGCAUUCUGUAAGACAACAAGGCGACUUACAAAUGAUUGAUACAGGUCCCGAAUGGUUUGUACACGAAGAUUGGGCAUUAUUGCAGGCAGUCCAUUAUCUUCAAGAAAUGCCUAUUGAUCUUACUGUUGUUAAUCUUGGUCAUACACCAAACUGGCUUUUGGUCAGCGAUAUAGUUAACACCAGCAGUCGUACAUAUAGAACUGCGCGACAGUGUCGAGAUCGCUAUGUCAAUGUUGUAAUGCCUAGAGAAGACGGAAAAGCUCCGUUGAUUGAGGAGAGGGAAAAGAAAAUGAAGACAAAACUUAAAGCACCAUAUGCACCCCCGGAAUACUCAGCAUUCGUUGGAAAUCAACCUUUACCCAAACCAAAAGAUGGUCACGGUACAAGAUUACACGCUCUGCAUGCUCAUGACAAUGGUCGUUCCAGUACCAUUCAUCAUUCGUCUUUAUUUGAACUGGUGAAAAAAACAUCCGUCAAACGUAAACCAAAUGUGAAACAUAGUAUAAACACUGAACCUUAUCAAAAGCCAGGAAAUGGACAGGGGAAUUCUGUUACUGGCGUUAAUGUUGAAGAUGUCUACCUUGAUCCUGCAAAAAUUGCUGCUAUGAAAGUAGAAAGGAUUCAACGUGAGAAAGCUGAGGCUGUACGUCAACAACAGCAGCAGCAGCAACAACAACAGCAACAACAACAACAACAACAACACACAAGUAAAGAACACCAGCAACAAUUGCAAACACAACCAGUUGUUCAUGCUUUGUCUCAGCUUCCUACAUCUUCUAUUGCGACAAAAAUUACUGUAACGGCUCAACAACCUGUACAAUUAGCUUCUGCUGGUCAACAGCAGGCUCAAGUGAUGCCGACCUACCAAAAUCAGAGACUUGCUAACGCACAGUCUCAAAUAUUAACGUCGACAAGUCAGAAAAUUACUACUGCUCGAAUGGCUGCCACUUUGAGCAGUAAACAAGUUGCAAAUUUGCAAGGCGUCGCCUCAAUCCCGGGUACGCUGGUCAAGACAGCUGCAGGCUCUAAUAUUGUUGUUAAAGCACCCGGUAACGUAGUCGGUCCGCUGACCAUGAGCAAAAGACUGGCAACGCAAACUGGUAAUCCAACAGCGCCGACCCUUACCACUAUGAAAACAGGUGUAUCUAGUGAAAAUCGUCCUUUGGCCAAUAGAGAUUCUGCUGUCCAGUUUCUAGCGUCAGCUGCUAACGGCAAUAUUCGUUUAUCAACAACCACUUUAUCUCCUUCCAAUACACUUGUUGUUUCCCAAACACAGACUGGACAAAGACUUCAAGAUCCAUUACACGCAGGCAAAUUCAUGGCUCCAAAAACGUUUAUGCAAACUGGUACGAAGCAAUUAACACAGCAGCAAUUCAACCUAUUACAGAAACGCCUGGAACAGCACCAGCAACGUUGUCAGCAGCAAGCAGUUGUACAACCUUCACUACCCAUCAAACAAGUUGUGCAACAACCAGGUAGUAUUCGAAAGAUUGCUCCUCCAACCACGCAGAAACUUCUAUCAGUAGGAGCGAAGGUUGAGCAACAACGUCUACCGCAGACAAUGACUAUCACACGACCAAUGCAACAAACAGUGCAACAGCCUGCAACACAGGUGCAACAAGCUACGCAACAGCAGCUUCAACAACUGGUGCAACAGCAACACUUAAAACAAUUACAGGUUCAACAGAAGCAACAGCAAGAUAAAACAACACCAAUCCAUCUUGUAACAACGCAACAGCAACAUCUUCCAGUCACAUCACAACAAAUUAAACGAGUGCAACUUCCUACUGCACAACAAGUCACUACUGGCUUAGCCCAGACAGGUUUGGUAACAACGGCAGGUAUGGGUGGUGCACCAACUAAACAUGUUGUGAAACUUAUUCCUGGACAACAUACCUAUCAUCAUGCUAGUCUUGUGAAACAACGUUUGCAACAACAAGCAAAACAAGUUGCUCAUUCAAGGCAACAACAGCCAGUUCAAACUGGCCUAUCACAGUCAAGCACAGAAAGCAAUUCAACAUCAGCUUCCUCAGUAACGAAUGUACAAACACUUUUGCAAACAUCGUUAACAACUCAUUCAAGUCCACAGAUACAACAACAGUCUAUGGACAAGCCUUUACAGCCAAAGCUGCCACUAAACAAACCAAUUACUGCAAGCAUAGCUGGUCAAGCUAUAACAUCACUACAGGGCGUAGUAAGUACCAUGACUGUUUCAAGUACAGUUGUGUCUACCACAACUUCCUCUACACAAGGAAUUCAAAGCAUUAACACAAACAAUCAGCAUCAAUCGCCAUAUGCAAUGAGAUCAAGAAGUCAAUCAAAAUGAAAUGUUCUUAAACUUAAUAAUAUGCAUAAACUUUUACUGCAUGCACUGUUUUGUUUAUUUGCAUUUUUACACGAUAUUCAUAAUGAAAAUAGAAUGUUUCUCUGAAGAUUGACUAUGCACGUGCAUUAACUAGCAGUUUAGACUUUAUGAAAAUUACAAGCUGUAAAUUAAUAAUAGUAAAUGAAGACACAAUUUUUCCUAUCA